AGAUCUAGAGGUGGAAAUGGGGGCAGCCACUUGAUUUGAAAGGCAGUCUCAGAGGACAACGGUAUUACAAGAUCAUGCUGUGUUAUUAAAGAUUAUUGAGGAUUAUGAAAGGUUGCUGAUGCACUACUACCAUUUGACAUCAUACCAUUUUCAUUUCCUAAAAAUUGGGAACAUGGGGAGGACAUGGGAGAAUGUAGGAGAUGUUGAAAUAAGAGAAGGUGCUAAUGGCGGUUGAUGUGCCCCUUUUCCCCUGUGUUCUCUUUCCUGAAACCCAAACAGGAUUUCCUUUCUUCCCACUCUGAAAAAGGUGAUGGAGAAGACAGAAUUGCAGGGGACAGGGCACCGUUCGUUUCAUUAGGAAUAGCCAUUAAAAUGUGUGAAAUGUGGAAUAUGCUUCACUGAAUAAGAACAUAGUUCACAUCAACGAACACAAAAAAGAAAGAACCCAUUUAAAGGUAUGGAGUGCAGAAAGAGCUUCUUUUUCAAUGCAAAACUUAGAACACACCAGCGGACUCACAGAGAGAGAAAACGUUUUAAGUGCAGGGAGUGUGGGAAGAACUUCAGUCAGAGUGGAAACCUUAAAUUGCACAAAGGGACUCACACAGGGGUGAAACCAUAUAAAUGUAUGGAGUGUGAAAAGAGCUUCAGUCAGAAUGCAGACCUUAAAAAACAUCAACGGAUUCACACAGGGGAGAAACCAUUUAAAUGCAUGGAGUGUGGAAAGAGCUUUAGUGAUAGUGGAAGCCUUAGAAGACAUCAACGGACUCACACAGGGGAGAAACCAUAUAAAUGUAUCGAGUGUGGAAAGAGCUUUAGUGAUAAUGGAAACUUUAGAAGACAUCAGCGGACUCACACAGGGGAGAAACCAUUUCAAUGUAUGGAGUGUGAGAAGAGUUUUAGUAAUAGUGGAUGCCUUAGGAAACAUCAACGGACUCACACAAGGGAGAAACCAUUUAAAUGCAUGGAGUGUGAAAAGAGCUUUAGUUAUAGUGGAAGCCUUAGACAACAUCAAUGGACUCACACAGGUGAGAAACUGUUUCAGUGUACGGAGUGUGAAAAGAGUUUUAGUGGUAGUGGAAGCCUUAGAACACAUCAACAGACUCACACAGGGGUGAAACCAUAUAAAUGUAUGGAGUGUGAAAAGAGCUUCAGUCAGAAUGCAGACCUUAAAAAACAUCAACGGAUUCACACAGGGGAGAAACCAUUUAAAUGCAUGGAGUGUGGAAAGAGCUUUAGUGAUAGUGGAAGCCUUAGAAGACAUCAACGGAAUCACACAGGGGAGAAACCAUAUAAAUGUAUCGAGUGUGGAAAGAGCUUUAGUGAUAAUGGAAACUUUAGAAAACAUCAGCAGACUCACACAGGGGAGAAACCAUUUCAAUGUAUGGAGUGUGAGAAGAGUUUUAGUAAUAGUGGAUACCUUAGGAAACAUCAACGGACUCACACAAGGGAGAAACCAUUUAAAUGCAUGGAGUGUGAAAAGAGCUUUAGUUAUAGUGGAAGCCUUAGACAACAUCAACGGACGCACACAGGUGAGAAACCGUUUCAGUGUACGGAGUGUGAAAAGAGUUUUAGUGGUAGUGGAAGCCUUAGAAGACGUCAACAGACUCACACAGGGGUGAUACCAUAUAAAUGUAUGGAGUGUGAAAAGAGCUUUAGUUAUAGUGGAAGCCUUAGACAACAUCAACGGAUUCACACAGGGGAGAAACCGUUUAAAUGCAUGGAGUGUGGAAAGAGCUUUAAUGAUAGUGGAAGCCUUAGGAAACAUCAACGGACUCACACAGGGGAGAAACCAUAUAAAUGUAUCGAGUGUGGAAAGAGCUUUAGUGAUAAUGGAAACUUUAGAAAACAUCAGCGGACUCACACAGGGGAGAAACCAUUUAAAUGUAUGGAGUGUGGAAAGACCUUUGGUGAUAAUGGAAAGCUUAGAACACAUCAACGGACACACACAGGGGAGAAACCAUUUAAAUGUAUGGAGUGCGGAAAGACCUUUGGUGAUAAUGGAAAGCUUAGAACACAUCAACGGACACACACAGGGGAGAAACCAUUUCAAUGUAUGGAGUGUGAAAAGAGUUUUAGUAAUAGUGGAUGCCUUAGGAAACAUCAACGUACUCACACAAGGGAGAAACCAUUUAAAUGUAUGGAGUGUGGAAAGAGCUUCAGUCGGAGUGGACAGUUCAAUAUCCAUCAACGGACUCACACAGGGGAGAAACCAUUUAAAUGUAUGGACUGUGGAAGGAGCUUCAGUCAGAGUGGAACCCUUGAUUUUUGUCAACAAACUCACACAAAAGACAAACCAUAUAAAUAUCAGGAAAGUAGAUAGAGGUUCACUCUUAGUGGAAGUUCAAAAUCAACAGACUUAUGGACAGGAAGAACUUUAAGAGUUGAAAUCCUUCAAACCAUCAACAAACUCAGAGAGGAGAAGCAGUUUAAAUGAAAAGACUGCAAAAAGUCCUUUAUUUAUAAUGGAGUCUUUAAGGAACAUCCAGGGACUCUCACAUGGGAGAACCCAUUUAGAUGUAUGGAGUGUGGGACGUCUUCCUCUCAGAGUCCACUCUGAGCAAUGAACUCAGUAGGAAAUCAUUCCUAAAAGCAUGAGGUAUAUGUGAAGUUCUGGUGUUUGCAUGUAAAACAUUAUAAUAAUGAAAUAAGGCAACACCUCACAAUUGUGAGUAUAAUUUUAGAUGAAAGUACCUUUGGUUUUUGCCCCAAACUCUGUCCCCCCCCCCCACCGCAUGAUCUCCAAGCACUGCUUCUUCACCAGAACUACUUUGCUGCCUCCUACCCUGCACGUUCUG